AUGACACUGGCUCAUGCUUGGACCACGGUGUAUUUAGACUAUCAUGUCUGCGAUAGAGAUAUGACAGCUCUUAUCAACUAUGAUGCCGCUGCCAAAGGCGUUUACGGGAACUCAUCUGUUCGAAGUGUCGGAAUUCUUUCCGAUAAUCAUCCUACUGACGUUGUGGCUGAAUUGAACGGAUGUACCCCCCAUUGCCAAGUCAUUCUUACCAUACGGUUCGACGACAAUGAUGUAUCAAAUAUAACGCAACUUUCUUCACCCUAUUAUUUCUGCACAAAUUCAGAUUAUAACUUUUAUCUUAACGUAACUAUGAAAAUAAUUUAUAAUGGAAUCGCCCCGGACCCAAAGCAUCCUGCUCCACCUUCGGUAACCUACGAUUAUUGCACUAAAGGGUUGAAUAUAGAAACCGGCGGCAAAUUAGAUGGUCCAAUAACCG